AACAGCACGAGCACCGAGCAGCUCCGAGUCUCUGUGCGGAACCCUCAGAAUGCAUGGGGGCAAGAGAGGACUCGUGGCUCCGCAGAACACUUUUCUGGAAAAUAUUGUCCGGCGCUCCAGCGAAACCAGUUUCCUGUUGGGAAACGCACAAAUCGUGGAGUGGCCAGUCGUUUACAGCAACGAUGGAUUCUGCAAGCUCUCUGGAUACCACCGAGCUGAAGUCAUGCACAGAAGCAGCUCGUGCAAUUUCAUGUAUGGUGACCUCACUGAUAAGAAUACUAUAGACAACAUCAGACAGACCUUCAAUAACUACGAGUCCCAUUUCUAUGAGGUGUUGCUCUAUACAAAGAAUAGAACACCGAUAUGGCUCUACAUGCAGGUAGCUCCAAUCAGAAAUGAGAACAAUAAGGUGGUGCUUUUCCUCUGCACCUUCAGAGACAUUACGCUUUUCAAACAGCCGAUCGAAGAUGAAACAACCAAAGGAUGGACGAAGUUUGCCAGACUGACGCGGGCCCUGACCAACAACCGCAACCUGGUGCACCAGUUAGCGCCGCUGAGCACUGAGGUCAGCCACAAGCCGUCCAGACUGGCUGAGGCUCUACAGCUGGGAUCAGAGAUCCUCCCUCAGUACAAACAAGAGGCCCCAAAGACCCCUCCGCACAUCAUCCUCCACUACUGCACCUUCAAGACCACCUGGGACUGGGUCAUCCUCGUCCUCACCUUCUACACCGCCAUCAUGGUGCCCUACAACGUCUCCUUUAAGACGAAGCAAAACAAUUUGGCUUGGCUGGUGCUGGACAGCGUCGUGGACAUCAUCUUCCUGAUUGACAUUGUGCUCAACUUCCACACCACCUUUGUGGGUCCUGCUGGGGAAGUUGUUUCAGACGCGAAGCUCAUACGGAUGAAUUACCUAAAGACGUGGUUCGUCAUCGACCUGCUGUCCUGUCUGCCCUACGACAUCAUCAACGCCUUUGAACACGUAAAUGAGGAUGUCAUCACGUCUUCAUCUCGAGCAAGUCAUCUUCGUGAGUCUUCAAUUUUCCACAAGAACACCACCCGAACAGAAGACUCUCUACUGCCAGGUCUCAGCAGUCUGUUCAGCUCCCUAAAGGUGGUCCGCCUGCUCCGAUUGGGCCGCGUGGCCCGUAAGUUGGACCACUACCUGGAGUACGGAGCAGCCGUCCUGGUUCUGCUGGUGUGCGUCUUCGGUCUGGUGGCCCACUGGUUGGCCUGCAUCUGGUACAGCAUCGGGGACUAUGAAGUCAUCGACGAGACCACCAACACCAUUAAGACAGACAGCUGGCUCUACCAGUUGGCCCUGAGCAUUGGGACUCCUUACCGCUACAACGCCAGUGGUACGGGACAGUGGGAGGGGGGUCCCAACAAAGACACCUUGUACAUUUCUUCUCUCUACUUCACCAUGACGAGUCUCACCACCAUCGGAUUUGGCAACAUCGCUCCGGCCACAGACGGAGAGAAGAUUUUCUCUGUGGCUAUGAUGAUGGUGGGCUCGCUGCUAUAUGCAACCAUCUUUGGAAAUGUCACCACCAUCUUCCAGCAGAUGUACACCAACACAAACCGCUACCAUGAGAUGCUCAACAACGUGCGCGACUUCCUGAAAGUUUAUCAGGUUCCCAAAGGUCUGAGUGAGAGGGUCAUGGACUUCAUCGUCUCCACCUGGGCCAUGUCCAAGGGCAUUGACACGGAUAAGGUUCUCUCAAUUUGUCCCAAAGACAUGCGUGCGGACAUCUGCGUGCACCUCAACCGGCAGGUGUUCAACGAUCACCCGGCGUUCCGUCUGGCGAGCGACGGCUGUCUGCGCUCUCUGGCUGUGGAGUUUCAGACCACACACUGCGCACCUGGGGACCUCAUCUUUCACAUCGGAGAGAGCGUAGACACCCUCUGCUUUGUGGUCUCCGGCUCACUGGAGGUCAUCCAGGACGAUGAGGUCGUCGCAAUACUCGGUAAAGCUGACGUGUUUGGAGACGUGUUCUGGAAAGAGACCACGCCGGCCCGGGCGUGUGCAAAUGUCCGAGCUCUGACUUACUGCGACCUGCACGUCAUCAGGAGAGACGCUCUGAUGAGGGUGCUGGAGUUUUACACAGCGUUCGCCAACACGUUCUCACGCAACCUCAUCCUCACCUGCAAUCUACGGAAACGGAUAAUCUUCAGAAAGAUUGCUGACGUGAAGAGGGAGCAGGAGCACCAGAGGAACGAGGUGGCUCUCUCCAUUCCCGAAGACCACCCAGUGCGCAAGCUGUUCCAGAGGUUCCGACAGCAGAGAGACGCUCAGCCGGGAGAGUCUCACUCCUACUUUGAUCACAACUGUGUCCAGGUGGAGCCGCAGCACCAGCGUCACUCCGAAUCCAACUCGUACGCACAGUGUCAGCCUGUAUCUUCUCAGCAGAAGGAGUACCGCUCCCCGGUGCAGAGUAAUGCACCCUGCUCAGGAGGGGGCAGCAUGGCUGCACCUCCACCUGCACUUCUCCACACUGAGACUUCAGAGCAGAGCUGCGCACAAGAGGCCGGGGAGUCGACGGCGAGGCCUGACGCCGAGAGUCAGCUUUGUCAGAGGGUCAGCGGCCCGGUGAAGAGCAGCGGCGCAGGCGGAGAGGGAGCCGUCGGUGGCGUUGCUGGCAGCAGAGGUGCUCGAGGCUGGGCGAAGUUUAAAAACGUCGCUUCAACCGCACCGCCGCCGCCUCCUGCCGUCGAGCCAGAAAAGAAGCCACAGCAAGCAGAGGAGUGGCAGAAGGGAUCCCAGUCCUCAGAACUCUUGGCAGUCGCCAACAAGAAUCAGGAUUUGGAGGAAAGUGGAGAGAUGGGGAGCACAGAGGUGGGCAACGGUGCUGGAGAGGCGGGCGAAGAAAUCAGCGCCCUGCACAAAACUGACUCCUGCGACAGCGGUAUCACUAAGAGCGAUCUACGCAUCGACCGGGCCGGAGACUCGAGGAGCUCCUUUGAAAGAAGCCCGAUGGAAAGGAGCCCUCUGGAGAGAAACCCUUUUGAACACAGUCUGGGGGUCGACUCCCUCAAACACUCUUUUGUUCAGCCGGUGUCUGAGCAGGCGCUCCUUCAGGCCACUCUGCACGAGGCCAAGCUGGAGCUGAAGGGAGACAUUCAGAAGCUGAGCGGCCGCCUGUCGGUGCUCGAGUCUCAGGUGAGCGAGAUCCUCAGGUUGCUGUCUAUGAAGAGAAGACUCUCACUUCCGCCGACUUCUUCCCCGAAGGCCAGAGUGAAAUAUCAAGACUCACUCGCCGCCUCCAAGCCGGUCACACCGGAGGCAGACGAUGGGCCUUUUUGAAUUUACUGAUUUGAAAACCCGUAACCUGGGUUACGGGUUUUGAGUUACAUCAGCACCAGUUUGCAUGUCCUGCUGGACUCUGGUCCGCCAAAGGUAUUUCUCACAUUAAGCACCACCACUGCAUGCAGAAAUACCUUUUUAAUGUUACCAUAACGCUUCAAAAAGAAAAGAAAACAGGGAUUGUGAGGCACUUUUAUGGCCCUGUGAAUACUAGAUUUAAGAAUGCCAAAAAGAAACAGGAACAAUUACUGAACAAACACUUACUGCUAGGAAAUAAGUGCAUUUUAGAGGCAUUAUAAAACAACGUAUCGCUAUGUAUCUCAUGAAUGAUACUCUGAUGAAGGCUUUCUGAGCCUGAUAGGACCACAUUCUUUUAAACAUCUCAUCUUCAUGAUCUUCCUUGACUUCUAUUUUAUUGUUAAUGUACAGUUUUUGGCAGGACAUCAGAGAAGGUUCACCUGCCAUAACUGUCAUGAUUAUUUAUUUAAACAGCUUCAACUUUCAUCGGUCUCAACAUACUGGAGCUCAGCAAACAUUUCCACGUGCACCAAGUGUUAAAUACAUGUCUCCCUUUUGUCACGAUAUUAAUUGUCAGUAACCUGCAUGUGCCUUACAAUAAUAAAGCCUCAUUCAGGGUUGUUGUAAUGAGACAUGAUCAACUCUGUUUGUUUUUUUACAUAUGUUUUAUAAUAGAAACGGUAAUUAUGUUUGAGUUUUACCCCCUUUUUGGGGGGGGGGGAAUUUUCUUUUUGAAUCUGUCACUGCACUAUGCAUUCAUUUUAUGAACUGUUUAGAAACUCUUUAUAUUGUGUCUGAGCUUGAUUCCCAUGCAUGUGAAAUAGGAAUAGGUGCUUUAAUAGAGUUCUAUUGUUAAAUACCAUUAUCUCUAUUUUUGUGAAAGACUUCCUUAAACAAGAUGGGAAUGUCGAAUAUCUCGACAAGUAAAAGCAAACUUACUGUACAUCCCUUCAUGUAACUAUGCCUCUUGCUCAGGUAUAUUUGGUUUAAUGUUGAAUUUCAGUAUUUAUUUCAGUAUGAAUGCUUUUAUCUUUGACUACCUGUAAGAUUAAAUAGUUCUGCAAUUUAUAAUUUUAGAACAUUUAGCACAUGAACGGACACUGCUCUUUGUCAUGUAAACAUUUGCAUUAGUUUAUUCUGGUUGUAUUAAGAUGAUUACAAUGAUGUACAUGACCGAACAGCAUGAUUAGUUUUAGUUAAAGAUGUUUUUUAAUUUGAUGUAUGGCUGAAUCAUAUCAGUACGAACCGUGAGGAUGAAAGCAUGUGGCUGUUUGUUGAUUCAGUACAUCUAUUUCAUAUUACAUGUAUAAAUGCUGUCGCAUGCAUCCAGGGAACCUGUACACAGUGAAAUGAAUAAUGAAAACGGAUGCCUGCUCACCAUCUG